GUAAAUUCUAUCCACGCAGAAUUUUAUACAGGCACUCUUUCUCCGUGAACUUCCUCCUUCUCCGUGAACUUUAAGAAAAGUAAAGGAACAAAUCACAAUGGAAAGCAUCAACGUUCGUCUUGGCGACUUAACUGGAGCGUCAAGGUGGAGCAACGACCAAGGCAUCGAUCAACACCAACCUCGUUUUGAUCUAGCACCCAGUGGUUUAUUGGACAGCAGUUUCGACGUACACGUUCGCACUGCGGGUCAAGACAGCUCUCCGUUGUCUUCAGUUAAAAGCUUUGAAGAAUUGGGCCUGCACCCGGAUUUGUUGCAAGGCAUAUAUGCGAUGGGAUUCAGCAAGCCAUCCAAGAUCCAAGAAAGAGCCUUGCCAAUGCUACUCGCCAAUCCGCCAAAAAACAUGAUCGGCCAAUCACAAAGCGGAACUGGCAAAACUGCAGCUUUCUCGCUAAACAUUCUCAACCGUGUCGACUCCAGUUUGCGUGUACCACAGGCUAUCGUCUUGGUCCCGUCUCGCGAACUUGCGAGACAGAUCGCUGAUGUUUUGCAAACCAUGGCCAAGUUCACUAAGAUCAACAUCGGCAUGGCUGUCAAGGGUGGUCUACAUCGUGGUAGACGGCUCGAUGAGCACGUGAUCGUUGGCACGCCUGGUUCUGUCCAAGACGCAAUUCGACGUGGUCUACUCCCUACCCAACAAAUCAAGGUGUUUGUCUUGGAUGAAGCAGACAACAUGUUGGACCAAGACGGUUUGGGCGACCAAAGCAUUCGUAUUAAAGGAUCUUUGAAAGUCGAACCUCAAAUUGUUUUAUUUUCUGCCACGUUCCCUGAUAAUGUCCGCAAGUUUGCUCCACGCUUUGCUCCUGAUGCUAACGAAAUCUCCUUGCGUCGCGAAGAACUGAGUGUUGAUACUAUCAAGCAGUUCUAUAUGGAUUGUCAAAAUGAGGAACACAAGUAUGAGGUACUCUGCAAUUUGUAUGACAUCCUGACUGUCAGUCAAAGUAUCAUUUUUUGCCGUCGCCGUGAAACUGCUGAUGAGAUCGCCAGACGCAUGACAGAGCAAGGCCAUGCUGUUCUCUCACUGCACGGUAUGAUGUCUCCUGAAGAGCGUGACGAGGUGAUGGAUCAUUUCAGACGCGGCGAAUCCAAAGUGUUGGUGACCACAAACGUCCUUUCGCGUGGUAUCGAUAUCAUGCAGAUCAGCGUUGUGAUCAACUAUGACAUGCCAUUGGAUCACUACAACAACCCUGAACCAGAAACAUAUCUCCAUCGUGUGGGUCGAACGGGUCGCUUUGGUCGUACCGGUGCUAGUAUCAACUUUGUGCACGAUCGUGAGAGCUGGGAGCAUAUGAACGCUAUCGAAGAACAUUUCCAGAAACGUAUUGAACGCGUACCAACUGAUAACUGGGAACAAGUUGAACGCAUUCUGAAAACGAUCCUGUAAAGCUUGCUUACUCGCACAUGAACUCUCUUUCUCUCUU